UAAAGAAUUGUAUUACUAAAAUAUAGUAGUAUGGAUGAUUUUUAUAACUUUGUUAAUUAUGUAGAAAUGGUUGAUGAAUAUUUCGAUGAAUUUGAUGUUGAACAAAUGCCAAGAAAGUAUAUUCGUAUAGAAGACCCGUUUGAAAAAUACAAUGACUAUACAUUUUUGAAACGUUAUCGUUUUCCAAAACUGAUUGUCAUGGAUCAGUUAGUAGAUUUAUUAGGUAUUCAAGUCAAUCAUCGAGGAUUGCCUAUAACUACCAUUCAAGUUAUUGAUAACAUUACGAUUUUAUACAAUAGCAAACUUUUAACCUAUCUAAUUUUAAUUUAUAAUCGUCCUCAAAUUUAUAAUGCAUUUCAACAAAGUGGUACUCUGUUGUGGUUCACGGGACGCAUUUAA